AUGCUUACAUGGGGUGCAAACAGCCAUGGUCAGCUGGGUACAGGAGAUGAUAAAGAUGCUUAUGAACCUAAAAUCAUUAAUUUCACUGAUCCGAUAGCCCUAAUCUCUGGAGGUGGUGGUCACUCUCUGAUUUCUGACGAAAACAAUAUAUUCAGCUGUGGUUUGAAUUCUGUUGGUCAGCUGGGUCGUUCAAAUGACUGCAACCACUUUAAAAUUAUUCCGUUUUCUUUCGCAUCAACUGUUAAUAAAGUAUCGUGUGGCUGGGAUUUUUCUGUUGCAGUACUAAGUGAUGGAUCUGUUUUCUCAUGGGGCUCAAAUGAAUAUGGACAGUUGGGUAAAGAAAGUAUCCAUUCAAGCAUAAUUCCUGUUCGUGUUGAUAUAGAGCCUGUUAGAUCUAUAUCUGCAGGUCUAAGGCAUGUCGUUUCUGUGACAAUCUCCGGAAAACUGUUUGGUUGGGGUUCUAAUCGCCGAAAUCAAUUAUUCGUUGAUAAAGUGUUGAUUAAAGCUGAGCAUUAUGAUGAAUCGAAGCAAAUAUGUUACCGUCCCACUCUAUUGAACUCUGUAUUAGGUGAUACACAUGAGUGGGUCGAUUGUGCAUCUGGUGCGUAUCAUUCAAUUGCGAAAACAAGAACAAAUAAACUGGCUCUUUUUGGAGAUAUUAGAUUUUUUAAACUCAAAUCAGAAGUUCAUGGUUUUUCUCCGAAUAUCAAAAAUAGACUUUCAUCUCCUAUUUGGUAUGAUGCCGAAUUAUUCGAUAACAAUGAAAUAGAACAAGUGGUGUGUGGAUGGAGUCAUGUUCUCGUUAGAACUAGUGUUGGAGAAGUUUAUUCGUGGGGUCGAUCAGACUUUGGACAGCUUGGACGAACUGCUAACGUAUUAAGCAAAUUUAUGGGAAAAUCUAAUGAGAUUUUCCCGAAUUUCGAUGCACAUCCUGGAAAAGUACAUUUCCAUUUGGAUAAUGGUCAUGAAGUGACUAUAAAAUCUGUUGCUUGUGGUUCAGAGCACUCAUUGGCUAUCGAUUCAAAUGGACAGUUAUGGGUUUGGGGAUGGAAUGAGCAUGAAAAACAUUGGACUCAAGAAGAAGCUAUUCCUUACAUCACACAACCAUAUCGAAUAAAUUUCCGAUGUUUUAAUAAAAAUUACAAAGUGAAACAUAUCGGUUGUGGAUACGGUCAUUCAAUGGCAUUCUUUGAGGGUUGCCAUGUGAGCUAUUGCGGGCUUUCGUUUUUCGACUGUGGUUGUCGUUUCGAAUUACUAACGGAGAUCAUGGCAUCUGCGAAACAGGAUAUUGCUACGUAUAAUGUAACUUGCUUAUUACGUCAGUGGGAUUGUUCAUCCGAAGAAAAACGUCGUCAGCUUCUUGACGAUUUCAUUAAACAAUACUAUAGUUGUACUGGACCUGAUUUAGAAUCAGAAUUCGCCCAAAUGGCUAGUUUAUUUUUGGCUAGAAUAUGCGUAUGGAUAAAAUUAACUUACAUGUCAGGAACUUGUCUAACAGAACAGCUUCAAGCUCUUCAUAUAUUUUUAUCAGCAUCAAACAGCUAUAAUUAUUUGCUAGAGUUUUUGGAGCAUGGUGGUGUACUGUGUUUACAGGAAGUAUGCAUUUCAUCAAGUGCAAAAGAAGUGGAUAAACGUUGGGCGCUUAAAGUAUUAUCUUGCGUUGCCAAUGCUGGUACACAUUAUAAGGAGACAAUUUGUGAAUGUUAUGGCAUUCGUGCUGUCGCUGAAUGUAUGGCCAAGUCAAAAUCAGAGGAAACACAGGAGUCUGCUAGAGAUUUAUUAGAAAUAUUAGCUGAAGGCAAUCCUCGUUUCUCUGAUCAAGUUUACAAAGGAUUAAUUGGCGUUUUACCAUGUAAUUCACCAAAAGCUCAACAAUUAGCACUUCAAAGUAUACGAAUUUUACAGGCGAAGCGUAAUACUGCCAAUAGGGCCUUAAUCGACAGAAUAAUCUACUUACUGGAGUCAUUGCAUUUGGAAGUACAAUCAGCAGUUAUUGAAUUAGUUCGUGUUCUGAUGGGAUUCGAUAUUGCUGAUGAUAUAUUAAUGGCUUUAAUUACAUUGUUAAAACCUCAGCAUGAAAUACAACUGGGCAAAUUAUUCACCGAAGCAACAUCAGAUGAUAACGAUGAUGAAAUAAGUUCAUCUCAUAUGGACAGUAAUGCGGAAAGUUAUCCUUCUCAUCAUACCCCAUUAGGUAGUCAUAAUAUUAGUGGCAUACCAGAAAUGAAACCUCGAUCUAUGAGCAACACAAAGUCAACUAAAUUGAAUGUCAAAUACCCUAGCAAUUGUACUAACGGUAACAGCGGUAAAACAGAAAAAACGAUGAAAAAGAAUCAUAGACAUCAAAAUCAAGGAUCAAAUUCAGAAUUCGAUGGUAAUCAACCAUUAUCGGUGUUUGUACAACAAGCAGCUGCAGCUAAAUGUCUACGCAUUCUCUCGCAAGAUUCUUCGACGGUGUCAAGAAAAAUAAUCAAGAUGGGCGCUUUAUCAAAUCUUUUAUAUGCUAUGGGUAAUCUUGAAUUUUCAGAUAGUCAACGACAAGCUAGUUUAUCUUUAGAGUAUCUUUGCCAAACGUAUCCUUUAGUAGAUGAAGUUGUUUCUGAGGCAAUGGGUCCAGUUUUACAUGAGGAAUUCAUUAAAAAUCCUGACUCACAUUAUCUACAAAUGACUCCAUUACAAGCAGAUAUUUUAGUUUCGAAUAAAUUGAAUUAUACAGGAGAGGGACUAUGAAUUUAUCAAAUCAUCAAUUAUUAUUAUAUGAUGAAUCAAAGAAUUUUUCAAUGAUAUAAAAUUAAAUGGAUUUUCAAUUAUUCUAUCUCACGUCAUUCAUCUCUCUAUCUCUGAAACGUUCUGCAGUCCAUAUCGAAUUAUCGAUACUCUUCAUCAAAAUGGAUGAAAUCAGUUAUUUAUUUAUAUUUUCAACAUGUUUGUUAAUUACAAUCCGGUUUUUUAUUUCCUUGUUUAGACAUAUCUGUACAAAUACACCAGUAGAUAUUAUUGUAGUCAUCAUAUACAUGUACAUUUGUUUGUUAAUAAAUUGACU